UCACAACUUGCUUUGUUUGUGAAUUCUUUCUGGCCGUUCCCGCCGUUUUCCGAUUUGCUGUCGGCUGGUACCUGAGCAGGCGUGCGUUUGUGUACGGCACAGGAUCUUCGGCAAGCUUCGGAUAUCGCCCUGAAAUAAUCGCGAAUCGGCAUUCUCGAUUGUUGAUUGGUUUUUUGUAGAGUGUUAUUGAGGGUUCCAGAUAGUUAUUUUCACUUGACAUCUCUUGGUUUAGUUGUAAUUGGUGCUGGUUGUGUUGGUGUGCGGGUCCCGAACUAGGCAUGCCACGUGUGUUGGUAGCCGGUGAUUCGAUGUUGAAAGACCAAGCGCGGUCUUUCACACUGAAUCCUGGCGUGGCUGUCGAGGUCAGGUCCUUUAGUGGUGUCAGGAUUGAGCGGUUGUUCUCCAUGAUCGCUGACAGUCUGCCUGGCUUUGAUGCGGUGGUCGUGCAUGUUGGCACUAACAACGUCGGGGAUAGUGACAUCACGCGCGUCGCCAAAUUUCGUCAGCUGGUGUCGCGCAUCAUGGAGAAAAACCCCGAGAUCCAGGUCGCGUUCUCGGCCAUCCUUCCGAGGGAGGUGAGCCUUCGGAAGAAUGAUCGGUGGGCGGUCAGUGCCGAAGUGCUGCAAGAACACAAUGAUGAGGCCAGGAGAACGAAUCUCAUCUUGCAGGAACUCUGCCGCAAGGAGGGAUACGGCUUCAUCGACGGAAGCAGGCAGUCGUGGAGUGGGCUGCUCAUGCUGGAUGGUGUCCACUUCAACAAGAAAGGCAGCAGGGUGUUUGGACGCAUCCUUCGAGGCGGCCUUCAUGGUGUUGUGGCAGGCCACGGGCAGGAGGCUGAGGACCAGGAGUGGAGUCGCCAUGCAGCAGAGGAGGAACACCAGGAGCUGCGUCGUGAGUAUGGGGACCAGGCCAAGGAGCUUGCAGAGUUCUGGAACGGUAAGUAUAACUUCCCUUCCCUUAGUUCUAGUGUCGGAGGAGGCCCAGCCUGUGUGGGUGAAGAACAGGUGCAGGGCAUGUGCACUGUGACAACCACCGACACAUGCACCACCAGCUGGGCCGCUGUUGUGCAGAGGCCGCCGAAACGUGUGUCACGUGGCCGUGGCGGCGUUGACGGCGUUGACAACACUGUCAGAAGUAGGGGCUGUGUGCCGCGCACACAGUCUUCACAGAACACCGAGCCCUCUCGGGGUGCCCCAGCCGCCAGCGGUCAUGCCACUCGAGAGCAGAGGCUGAGAGGAGUAAAGCCCUCUAGGAUGCCAAUGAUGCUUUCUGAUGGCUGUGCUCCUGCGCUUGCCGGGGGAGUGUGGGUGCACCGGAAGGCUGGCAGAUCUGUUGCUGCCUGUGGUGCCUCGGUGCGUCCCUCCUCUCCUGUGGCGCAGUGCAUCGACCCCCAUGAGGGUGUACUGGCCACGGCCUGUCGCACCACUCGAAAGCAGAGGCGGAGAGGAACGAAGUCCUCAGGGAUGCCAAUGACGCAAACAGGCGGUCGUGCUCCUGCGCUUGUCGGGGGAGUGUGGGUGCACCAGAAGGCUGGCACAUCUGUUGCUGCCUGUGGUGCCUCGGUGCGUCCCUCCUCUCCUGUGGCGCAGUGCAUCGACCCCCGUGAGGGUGUACCGGCCACGGCCUGUCGCACCACUCGAAAGCAGAGGCGGAGAGGAACAAAGUCCUCAGGGAUGCCAAUGACGCAAUCAGGCGGUCGUGCUCCAGCGCUUGUUGGUAGAGUGUGGGUGCACCAGAAGGCUGGCACAUCUGUUGCUGCCUGUGGUGCCUCGGUGCGUCCCUCCUCUCCUGUGGCGCAGUGCAUUGACCCUUGUGAGGGUGUACCGGCUACGGCCUGUCGCACCACUCGAAAGCAGAGGCGGAGAGGAACAAAGUCCUCUGGGAUGCCGAUGACGCAAAGGGGUGGCUGUGCUCCUGCGCUUGUCGGGGGAGCUCGGCACUCUUGGAUGGCGCAUACAUGUGGUGCUGCCUUUGAGUGUUCGUCUCUUUUAGAGGACUCGGUUUCUUCUUCUGGCAGAAAUAAAGGGUGUUCUAGUGAGAUAGUGGGUCAGAUGCCUCUAAGAUGCAUUUCUUGUAAUGUACCAACAGUGCAUGGUCAGGCUGGUGCAGAUGCUCCUGUCAGUGGUGCAGAUAGGGUGCCUUGCACACCCUUUGGGUUAGGCAAAUUAGCUGGAGGGGGCACUCUGGGUCUAGGCGUCACAUUCAGUGACUAUAGCGAGUUUGAAUCUAGCUAUAAGCAGUGGCUAGCUGCCAAAUUCACUCCCAUGAGAAUUGGUCACUCUGAAAAAAAUUUGUCUAGUUGCACAAGCCCUACAUCUAAGGACCCCUUCCCUUAUAGGCGUAUCACUUUUGAGUGCUGCCGUGCUGGGAAGUCUCGAUCUAGAGGAAACGGCAUCCGAAACAAGCAGAGGUAUCUUGCGACAGGAUGCCUAUGCAAGGUGUCAGUUUCUUUAAUUGUGGAACCGAUGCCUCAUUAUAAAGUUCACAGCAUGGUAGAGGGCCACAACCAUCCCGAAGGGCCAGGGUUCGAAAUGUGGUAUCCGCAGAACAGGCUUCUAAACAAGGCUGAAAAGAAAGAAUUUGAAGACGUCCUUUCAUGCAAUGUUAAACCAAAGGAUUUGAAAGAGUUGGUAUUUAAAAAGACUGGAAAGCAUAUUACAUCGCAAGACGUUAGGAAUGUAAAGCAUGAAAAUGUGAGGAAAAUCGAGAAUAGUCUGCAUCAUGGUUCUCUCUUGUUAAAGCAAAUGGAAGAUUUAGUUAAAAAAUGUCCUGGUUGGAUUGUACACAUUGAAAAGGAUUCUAGCAAUCAGCUUUUGUUUGUAUUAUUUCAGUCUAACUUAAUGAGGCAGUUCACAGAAAAUUAUUCAGAGGUAUUAUUUUUCGAUGGCACUUACAAGGUUAAUAUUGAAGGUUAUAUUCUACAUUCAGUACUCUGCGAGGACAGCACAAGCCAUGGGAGACCGAUCUGUUACAUGUUUGUGCAGCGGGAGACUAAAGAAAUUCUUCAAGCAGCUAUAGCGAAGUUCCUCGAUUUAAAUCCUGCUGUGGUGUCGAAUUGUAAUGUAGCGGUGAUGGAUAAGGACCUUAAUGAAAUGAAUAUUCUUGCACAGCUGCUACCAAAUUGUAGAAUUUUGCUAUGCUCUUGGCAUGUGGUAAAGUAUCUGCACCAAAGAGUUUCGCAACUUUGUUCUAGCAGAGUCGACAAGCAAGCCGUUAAGUCUCUCAUAUCAAAGCUAGUUUUCUCUUAUGAUGACAAUACUUACCAGGAACUCUUGGAAGAGCUUGAAAAUGAAAUGCAAAAGGAGCUUGAAAGUGAAAAGCAAAAAAAGUCCAGCUUUCUUGAGUUUUAUUAUAAAAAUUGGCACGACUGUAGGGAGAUGUGGGUGCAUGCAUACCGUCGUAACAUCUAUACCUUUGGGAAUAACACUAACAACAGAAUGGAAAGCCACAAUCAAAAGAUAAAGCAGUUUAUGCACCAGCGUAUGCAUUUAGUUGAUGCUGUCAAAGCCUUGGUUCAAUAUGUAAACCAUGAUACUUUAUCUGUUAGCUUUGCACAAUUCCAAGAAACCAUGCUGUGCCUUGACACACGAAAAAUUGAUGCAUUUCAUAUUCAGGUAUCUACCAACUGUACAGGAUAUGCUAGCAACUUAAUUUAUAAGGAGUAUGAAUCUUACUUAAAUGGAAAUCUUGCAUAUUGUAUGAAUAAUGGACAGCAUACAGUCAAUAGUAAAAGUAAUUGUUACAUUGUUUCACAGGAUUUAACUGCCUGUACAUGCACAUUCCAAAAUCAGUUCCGGCUUCCUUGUAGACAUAUCUUUGCUGUUAGAUCUAAUCUUUCAGUGGAUCUUUUCGAUGUCAAAUGUGUUGCAUUUCGGUGGUUAAAGUCUGGCUUUGUUGAAACUGAUGUAGAUACUGCACAGGCAGUAGCGCAAAAAAUUAGUUUGAAUGUAUCAACUAAAGGAAAUCCCAAACUGGACACGACGGAAUCAAAGUAUAAUUACGCUUUAAGUGAGCUCUCGGAAUCGUGCAAAAGCAUAGCAAACACUUUGGCAUGCUGUGGUAAAUCUGAGCUGCUGGAAAAGUUAUCUGAAAUAAAGAGUUUUUUUAAUAACCUGAUAACCUAUCCUAGGAAUAAGACUUCCAAAACAGUAUUCAAUCAAGAUGAACAGCAGGAUUUGAAGCAGGCUCAUUGCAAGGAUGAAGAUGAGCUAAAUGAAGAAGGGUCAUUUGGUAGUGAGGAUGGCAUUGUAGAGAGCCCUGCUAGUAUUCCAAGCAUUAAAAGGGAGGAAAUUUGCAAUUCGAGCACUGUUGAGCGUACGCAAUUAAAGCAGCAUUUUGUGGACCACAAUUAUUGCAAAAGUUUAGACAUGAAUACAAACUCUUCAGACAUAAUUACUCUGUCUCCAGAACCGGAAUUUCAUAAUGAAAGAAAACGUGCUGAAGUUUCACAUACUGUUGUAGAUCUGACCUGUGACGAAGUAUUGGAUAAAGACGUAUUGAUCGUUCCAUUGAAUAAGUCUCCUCGUGGUAGGCCCAGUAAAAGAAAGAGGACAUCUAAAGUGCAGGCAUUGCCAAUCAUGAAGUCUGGUAAAAGUAGCACUAAUUGUAACAUCAGCGACCGCAGCAUGCUUCGUUUAGAGCGUGCAGCACGUUAUAUUACGCAGCAUGAUUUAUUGUGUGUGCAAGGCAUUGAAUGGUUAAAUGAUAAUGUGAUCAAUGAGGCACAAUCACUUAUUCAUACACAGUUUAACCAUGUUGGGGGGCUACAGGAUGUUCUUCUUGGCCCAAGAUUGUUGUUUAAAAAGCAAGAUAAAUUUGUCCAGAUCCUUCAUAUUCCAGAUCAUGAACAUUGGGUGACUAUUACAAAUUAUGGGGCCCCAAACAAUUCAGUAUUUUUAUUUGACUCCCUCUUCGAAGAAAUAUCAAACAAUUUGGUUUCUCAGGUCUUAAAUAUCAUGGGAUUAGAUUUACAUCAGCUCAUUGUUUAUGUUAUGCCUACGCAGCGCCAGAUGAACACAUAUGAUUGUGGGGUGUAUUCUAUAGCCAAUGCAUAUUGCAUUGCAUCUGGACAGGAUCCAUGUUCUCAAAAUUUUGACCAGAGUUCUAUGCGAGGCCACUUAUUACGAUGUCUUUAUGAUGGUGAAAUUUUACACUUCCCUAUUACAACUUCACAUGUGCCUAGAAUGAAGCAUAGAAAAAUUUGUUAUGCUGACAGGACAUUAUUGCUAGAUACGAGUGGACAUAUGUAAUAGAAGCUGCAUUUUUUUAAAUACCAAGUGUAACAAAAAGGUGUGGCUUUAAAUGUUUGAUUUACCAGUCACAACCACCUAAUGUUUGUUCCUUCAGAAAUGAAAAUCUUAAGUUAAUGCUCAUGAUAACGAUAAAUAUAAAAUAAUUUCCCUUUAAUAUAAAGAAUAUUUAGCUUUAAAUUUAGCCGCAGCCAAUGAUGAAGGGUUGCCUGAGCCUCUACUUCUGUGUGAGCCAUAGGUCCCAAUCUGAGGCUUUACCUUUAAAUUAUUUUAUUAAUUUGCAAGAACCUGCAUGGAUUAUCUGCAGGUAUAGCCUAAAUUUAUUAAGCACAAAGCUCUGUGAACAUAUACUAAACUUUUAUACAUAAAACGGGUAGGUUCUGCUUUUGUUACUGUACUCUUGUUAUUAAUUGUGCCAGUCGGGUCUUUAGCUUUAUUGAUACUACAGUGUGAGUCAAAGGGAUCAACGGCUGAUUGACGGAAUUGCAAAUAUUGGUUUCUGAAUGUAUUGUGCUAAGGUCCUUCACAGAAAUGCUAAGCAAUGUGCAUUAAAGGUAUAGAAGUUCCAUUGAUCAAACUACCUAAGUAAAAAAUUAGGAUGGAAAAACUUGAAAUCACUACCCACGGCGGCGUCUUAAUGGCGAAAAAGCCAAAAGAUGUUGGCAGUGCUCUCUGCGUUGAUAGGUGGGGAUCAGCAGCGAAGACACAACGAAUACUAUUUCAGCAUCAGCUUCGGUGAUGACACUGCUGUUGUCAGUGGCUUGUUUUUGAGGUUUCCCUCAUUGAGGCGCACCUCACCCAGCGUAGAAUUGUAGAGGAGUCUGGAUGUAGCCGCCGAAACUCCACCCAAAAAAGUCAGUGGACCUAUUUUGUUCUCUUACACUCUCCAGAACAGAGCAACCUUCACUCACUCGUUGGGAGCUAAGUGCACCCCAAAACAGCACGGAUGAAAGUUGUAGACAAGAAAAGUGAUGCGGUAACAACCAGAGAGUGCAAAGUAGACAGCGACAUGUAGCCGAAAAUAAUUGCAGAAAGAAAAUGAGACAACACAACUGUUUUGUUUGUGUUUUAUCUUGAAUUUUUUGUUUUAUUGGUAGAAUAAAACACUCAUGCACUGACAAUUCGUGCAAAAAUAAAAAAAAAGAUUGCAUCGCCUUUAGUUUAGAAUUGUCAUCCGCUAUUGCACCCCUCCAGAUGCCCAUGUGUCAAGUUAUUGUCUGCAACCGCAGCACGAUUCAAGCGUACCGCCUGUAGGCUCUCUAACCGUCUGUGAUUUUACGUGCCUCCAUCUGUCGGUUGCACCAGACACCUUUUUUUUUUAUAGCAGACAGCUGUCGAAGGUAGGGAUUUCAAGAUUUUGGUCUCUAACUCUUUACUCAGGUAAGUUUAAUAAGUAAGACUUUUAUACCCUUGAUCAACGCUCUUCAGCCACCCCUCUAAAACAUUUAAGUGCAAUACAUUCACGAACCAAUUUAUGCAAUCGCUUCAAACGGUCAUCGAUUCCUUUGACUCGCCCUGUAGAUACUAAUUGCACUAAUCAAAAUGUGUUACGCGAAUGUUUAACAGCUAUCUUCAAUUAUUUCAAUGUAUAGAGCUCAGCAGAAGUCCUCCAGCUGGUUAAGCAGAAGGUAUAAUCGAACUUCAAAAAAUAUUUCAUACGCUCGAAAACAGCCCGUCGAGAAUUGGCCGGUUUUAAUCAUGCUCACUCUCUUUUACAUGGUCACAUGGCAUUCAAACUGUGUACUAAAUUCAAAGUCAUGGGUCAUCAUUCAAUAUUAAAAAUAGAAAGUAGCAUGAACCCCAUUUUUGUGGCCUCCAAAUAUGUACAUUGAAAGAAAAAAAAUGUUGCACAGGUCAGAGGAAGCACAUGUACACAUCAUUCUGAACAUGGCGACGUACCGCGGGCUAGACAAAACGAUGGCGGCGCACGACGAACGUGGGGCCGCUACUUCGCAACUGUUGUUCAUAGUACCGGCCAAUUGAUCUUCAAGCACAGAGCAUCGAGCAGAAGAGAUAUAAGUGUGAAACAACCGCACGGGCAAACAGUGCACCCAACUUAGUCGUUGUCUGCUUCGCUUGCUGAAGAAGAAAAAGAAGUGCAGUUGGGUGUCGCGAUGUGGCUUCUGAUAUCUCUCUCCUCCUCUACCUUGCUUCCUCCUCCUCGGUACAGAUUGUCCACAUGUCUCGGUCAUGAGCUUCUGUGCUCAUGUUUUGGUUUCAAGCAGUGGAGUUUUUUUGGCCUUGUUAAAUAUAUAUGUGACUGUAGCAAAAUAUUGAUUUGGGUAGUCUCCUGACAUCAUAUUAAAUCGCCUGGCAAAAAAUUAAGA